GUAUACCAGUCGGCCAACCGCCGCCAUUUUGGAAGGUGCCGGAGCUUCCGUCACCACGUGAGGAGGAAGCGAGUGAGGAGAGAAGACGGAGCAAUCGAGCGGAGCGGCUGAAGCAGGCGAGCCAGGGCCGUCACUCAACUCUACUCGUCUUGACUACCCGGGCUAACUUUAGCUACAUGUGCUGAGGUCGAGGGGGAAACUGAUCUCAACUGCAACAAUGCCGACAGUUACUUUACCGCCGAAAGAGAACGCUCUCUUCAAGAGGAUUUUGCGAUGUUACGAACACAAGCAGUACAGAAAUGGGCUCAAGUUCUGCAAACAAAUCCUGUCCAACCCCAAGUUUGCAGAGCAUGGAGAGACCCUGGCGAUGAAGGGCUUGACGCUGAACUGUCUGGGGAAGAAGGAGGAGGCCUACGACCUGGUGAGAAGAGGCCUGCGCAAUGACCUCAAGAGCCAUGUCUGCUGGCAUGUAUACGGCCUACUGCAGCGCUCGGAUAAGAAGUACGAUGAGGCCAUCAAGUGUUACCGCAAUGCACUGAAGUGGGACAAGGACAACCUGCAGAUCCUCAGAGACUUGUCCCUGCUGCAGAUCCAGAUGAGAGACCUGGAGGGCUACAGGGAGACACGGUACCAGCUAUUGCAGCUGCGUCCAGCGCAGCGGGCCUCCUGGAUUGGCUACGCCAUUGCCUAUCACCUCCUCGAGGACUACGAGAUGGCUGCAAAGAUCAUUGAGGAGUUCAGGAAAACACAACAGACUUCUCCAGACAAAGUGGACUAUGAAUACAGCGAGCUGCUGCUGUACCAGAACCAAGUGCUGAGGGAAGCAGGCCUGAACAAGGAGGCCCUGGAGCAUCUGUCCAACUAUGAGAAGCAGAUCUGUGACAAACUGGCUGUGGAGGAGACACGAGGAGAGUUACUGUUGAAGUUGGAGCGUCUGGACGAGGCAACAGAAGUCUACCGCCGUCUGCAGGAGAGGAACCCAGAGAACUGGUCCUAUUACCGCGGCUUGGAAAAUGCCCUUAAACCAAGCAGUGUAGAGGAGAGACACAAGAUCUAUGAAGACGCCUGGGAGAAGUUUCCCAAAGGACUGGUUCCUCGUCGGCUGCCCCUCACCUUCCUCUCUGGGGAGAAGUUCCGAGAGUGUUUGGACAGGUAUCUGAGGAUCAACUUGAGUAAAGGCUGUCCGCCCCUCUUCACCACCCUCAAAUCACUGUACAACGACAAAGAAAAGGUGGCAAUAAUAGAGGAGUUGGUGGUUGGCUAUGAAACCUCAUUAAAAAGCUGUAGAAUGUUCAACCAGAACGACGACGGUAAGGAGGAGCCACCGACCACGUUGCUCUGGGUGCAGUACUUUCUGGCACAGCACUACGAUAUGAUUGGCCAACAGACACUGUCUCUAGAAUACAUCAACGCCGCCAUUGAGAGUACGCCUACACUCAUCGAACUCUUCCUUAUCAAAGCCAAGAUUUACAAGCAUGCUGGGAACAUCAGAGAGGCUGCUCAGUGGAUGGAUGAGGCCCAGGCUCUGGACACAGCUGACAGAUUCAUCAACUCCAAGUGUGCCAAGUACAUGCUGAAGGCUGGCAUGAUCAAGGAGGCCGAGGAAAUGUGCUCAAAGUUCACACGGGAGGGAGCAUCAGCAGUGGAGAACCUUAACGAGAUGCAGUGUAUGUGGUUCCAGACGGAGUGUGCACUCGCCUACAAGGCCAUGAACAAGUUUGGGGAGGCCCUCAAGAAGUGCCAUGAGAUUGAAAGGCAUUUUGUGGAGAUCACAGACGACCAGUUUGAUUUCCACACUUACUGCAUGAGGAAGAUGACACUACGCUCCUAUGUGGACCUACUGAAGCUGGAGGACGUGCUCCGGAUGCAUCCCUUCUACUACAAGGCAGCCAUAACGGCCAUCCAGAUCUACCUGAGCCUCCACGACAAUCCCCUGGCUGAUGACAGCAAGGAGCUGCAGGCCGACACUGCUAACCUCUCGGACAAAGAGCUGAAGAAGCUGAGGAACAAGCAGCGGAGAGCCCAGAAGAAGGCCCAGCUGGAAGAGGAGAAGAAGAACGCAGAGAAGGAGAAGCAGCUUAAGAACCAGAAGAAGAAGAAGGAGGAUGAUGACGAGGAGAUCGGAGGGCCCAAGGAGGAGCUUAUUCCUGACAAGCUGGUCAAGGUAGAAAAUCCACUGGAAGAAGCCGUCAAGUUCCUGAUGCCUCUCAAACACCUGGUCAAGGACAAAAUAGACACACAGCUACUGGCCUUUGAGAUCUACUUCAGGAAAGAAAAAUACCUGUUGAUGCUCCAAUCCGUGAAGAGAGCGUUGGCCAUUGACCCAGACCACCCAUGGUUACACCAGUGUCUAGUACGCUUCUUUAAAGGAGUCUCAGAGAGCAAGGAGCUGCCAGAGGUGGUCAGGACGGUACUGAAGCAGGAGAUCACCCGGCUGUUUGGAGACAGCAACGCUAAGAGCUUCAACCAGGCCUUCCUUACCAAGCACUCAAACUCCAUACCACACAGACUGGCUGCUGCUAAGAUGAUGGUGUAUCUGGACUCAUCGACUGAAACGAAGGCAGCGGAGUUGGCCACUGCACUAGAUGAGUCACUUGACAACAGAACCAUACAGAUCUGCACAGAGGCCCUGGAGUGUCUUCGGAGCGGCAUCCUGGGCGACUGUAAGGAGCGUGCGGAGUCGUACCGCGCCGAGUGUCACAAGCUUUACCCCUACACGUUAGCUUUCACACCCCCUGGAUACGAGGAGAACACCAAGAUCGCCAACGGAGAUGUUUCCACGGAAACUGAGGAGCUAGCCAAUGAGAUGUGAGCGCAACAGAACCACAGCGGAUGAGAAGAGGAAUUGGGCUGAGCACGGAGCCUUGUGGUACGCCUAGCAGCCAUUUUGUAGAGCCAGACAUGGGAAGCGAAAAUGGGUGUUUCGUUCUUUGGCUCAACUUAAUCGGGUCUGACCUGGCAUGGCUUGGCUCUCUCCCACAUGGUGAAAAUCAGGACUGUGUGUGUGUGUGUGUGUGUGUGUGUGUGUGUUGAGAGUAUGUGCGGUUGUGUGUAUUUGUGGGAAAGAGGGGGAAGAGGAAGAUAACAGAAUGGCCAUUUUACUUUUUUAAUAGAGCUGACAACCAUGCUGAAUAUGAAAAUAAACAAUAGUUAUUGGCAAACUGUUGGGAGAGACUGUGACGGACUGUCGGUUUCCACUGGGAUGAUCAAUAACGGUGACAGAAACCACUCGAGUUUGACUCGGUGCUGCUCCGACACGCCCAUCGCAUACUGUGUUCCCCUUAUUUUAAAAAGCUAAUUUAAAUGAAAAUAGGACACUGUCACUGGGGGACGGGAGACCGAGCUGAGUGGAUCUGAUCUGUGACAGAUCUGUAGGAAGCUGAGCAGGAAGAGUUACUGAGGAGCCGAAGUAGACACCGAGGACAUCCAGCGGCCACAGAUGUAUCUGUAUCUGCUGUAACACUCCAGUAAACCGCUGAUCUACAUGUGGCAGUGCAGUGGAGUGUGUGAGGAAGGCCCGAUCUCUGCGGGGGCACAGCGCAAAGAAAGUCUCCUCACGUGAACAUUUUUUGGGUCAGACUGUGCUUCCUUCACUGUUCCUGGUUAAACUUGGGAAUAUGUAAUCCUCUGUCUGUUAUUAUGGAGCACCUUGUAGCACAGAUUAAAAACUGUAUUGUGUAUUGUGCUCCAUUUCAAAUACACUGCUACUCUUAACGUUUUUACAUAGUUCUGAGAGAGUUGGAUAGAUCUAAGCAAUACCAUAGAUACCUUCCUGUCCAUAAUGGAUCAAUGAAAGUCUUAUUAUUGAUGAUAAUCAUUUCUAGAUCUGGCUGAAGUAAUUACACUGAGCCUGGUGGCAGAGUCCCCUGUGUUGUUGCUUUUGUCACUGUUACAAAUGGUUUUAUCUGCAUAUACACAGGGACUCUAACAGUCAAAGUGGUGACGAGUACAUUCAUACAUGUACUGUACAUCUACUUCAGAGGGCUCUUCUCUGCUUAUAAAAAUGGCUCUUCUAAAGGUCAGAGUUCAGCAUCCAGACCCGUUGCCCGAGGUGACAGAGGUGAAAAUGUUCCAAGGCAAGUAAACUUAUGAGCACCUGGAAUUUGUUUGACUUUUUCUGUUUCUCCCCUUUUUUCCAAUAAUCCCUUUUCUUCCCCUUUUUCCUCUAAUUUGUGUUCUAAUGUGAAAGAUGAAAUCUGAGAUGGCGAUGUAUGAUAUCUCUGGAUUUUUGUAUUAAAACCAAACGAAAGAAA